CCGGCACCGCAUCGCGCAUCUAAUUGUCUGGUUUCAGUGGGCUCGUAGCCAUACUAAUUUUACCGGGAUUUGCUUUUUGCAUGCACAUUUUUUUUGUGGCAGAUAUAAAUUUAAGUUCAUUAUCACCACCCGCAGCUUCGCUAUCAGUUAUCCGAGGAGGAAUUUAUCGCCCAGGUGAAAGCAACGGUCCAUGAAUCAUGGAGCUGGAUGUGGGCUCCGAACAGUGCCAAGGGAAUCGCAACAGAAUUCCAAGCCAUCAUGAAGUAUCUCCAUAAAACGUACAAGCCCAUGGCCAUGAAAAAUGGGCAAGGGCAAUGGAAAAUAAUAAUGACACCAGUCCAGGCUGGGACACAAUGUUUCAGUGGACACAUUGUCCGUACGAAAGUAUUACGGCAAUUUUCAUUAUGAUGGAGCCAUUAAAGCCAAGCCAUCCCAGAGCCAAGAGCACAGGAUUUGCCGGCGGAUGUACGUGGACAGAGUCUUACGGGCAUAUUUUUCAGCCAAACCCCAAACCGACCGGCGAUAAAUCAGACAAAGACAAGAUAUUUGGCGUUCCGGCUGCCAAAAAUUUAUACCGCAUUCUCCAUUCGGCGUGGGGCAAUCAUGGAGGACAGAAUGACACUUUCGUGUCCUGCAACUGCAUCGAGCAGGACAGACUUGGCGGGACAAGAAUUUCCAAGCAUUUUAAUUUGCGACCGCUGGCCGAAGCGGGCUGCUUGAUGCUAAAUGCCGCGCUGACACGCAGUGAGAAGGAUACUAAUGCGCGCAAUGCUGACGAGCAACCGUGGCACGCUUUUACCCAAGCGCUUUUGUUAAAGCUUAACGAGGACCGUCCCAAUCUGGUCCUGGUCCCUUUGUAUCGGUAUGGUCAAUUUGAUGCGGAGAAGUUGUACACGAGAGGGGUGGUGGUGGCCGCACCUCUGAAACACAUUAGCCGUUAUACGGAUGACGACUGCGACGCAGUUGCACGUGCGCUAAGGAAUUUGCCGCAGACGAUCCAGAGCACCAGCGGACGCCGGGAGGCAGAAGCCAGUGGAGCCGGCAGCGGCCAGGGUACCAGUCGCGCCGAUACCGUGGCACCGAAGGCCUCCACAUCAAAGGGCACCCCUCCAUUGUUCAGGGCAGCGUCAUCAACGCCCAAAUCACUACAAGCGUCGCCCCGGAUAAUGAGAACUGAGUCCGCACCGGUUGCAAGCGCAGCGUCGACGUCGACGCCGCUGAUGCCGAAUGCCCCACUCCUCACGCCCCAAGAGAGAGCACUGCAUACGUCGGUAGUUGAGCCGUUCGGCCGUUUGCGCAUCAAGGACGCACCGGUCGAUACAGAGGAACAGCAGCGUAAUCAUACAAAGACCAGGGACGCUGUGCAGCGUCAUUUAUUUGGGGCUAACUGAGUAAAAUAUGGACUGCUAGAUUUCUAGCUACGCUAGGCGUCACUGCAACGAAAAGGCCGGUGAGCGUUCUUGUGUUUUAUUUUACCUGCGGUACAACGUAAUUGGAAACAAUAUAUCAAAACAUCAGCAUUUUUCGCGUUCUUCGAUUUUGUACAUCAGCGUUCUUCGAUUUUGUACAAGGUUGCUUCCGCAUCGUUGUCUGCUGCAGACUGCAGUGAGUCCAAUAUGGCGAUAAAGCCAUUUCCACUACAUUUUUAUACGCUUUUCCUUGUUUUCAUUAUUGUUUGUAUUAGCGUUUGGUAUUAACUGCUUUCUUAAUUUUUAUUUUUAUAAUUUAAGUUCAUCAUUUCGCAUUCGCUGGUAAGGAGGAUGUGCGGCUCGCCAUUGUAAAAGGAAAUGCUGCUGCUGUGUUCGGCACUUUACCCACUCAAAACAAACUACAGUAACUGGUUGCGCAGAUUUCGUUGUUUGUUUUUUA